ACCGUUCUGAGCCUUUUGUUUGGAACUCCCCGCUGCCUAACCUCAACGAUGAUUCACUUUGUACUUCUAAUUAGUCGACAAGGGAAAGUUAGAUUGACAAAAUGGUAUUCUCCUUAUUCUCAGAAAGAAAGAACAAAGGUUAUCCGUGAGCUCAGUGGAUUGAUUCUCACAAGAGGGCCAAAACUCUGUAAUUUUGUGGAAUGGAGAGGACUUAGAGUUGUUUAUAAAAGAUAUGCUAGUCUUUACUUCUGCAUGUGCAUUGACGAGGAUGACAAUGAAUUAGAGAUUCUAGAAAUUAUUCAUCACUAUGUGGAAGUUCUUGCUCGAUACUUUGGCAGUGUUUGUGAAUUGGACUUGAUAUAUAAUUUUCAUAAGGCUUACUUUAUAUUGGACGAACUCUUACUUGCUGGUGAACUUCAAGAGUCGAACAAGAAAACUGUUGCACGUUUAGUAGCUGCACAGGUAAAAUAUAAUUUUUCAUUGUCCGAUUCUGUUUGUUUUGUCGUAAUUCUUAGGGAACAAGUUUGUUGAGUUGUAGGAUUCAUUGGUG